UGGUUCACUUUCAAGUUGCAAAGAUAUACAGUACGAAGUUUCAAGUUUUAUUAAAAAAAAUGUCCUCUUUCAGUCUUUCUGUGGUUAAAAACUUUGGACAAAUUGAUAAUUUUUUAUCCGAACUAAAGCUAAAUAGCUAAGCUAAAGCUAAAGCUAAGCUAAUUAGAGCUAAAUGGCUAAUGUAUAAUCAAUUAAUAUUUAACGCACCCCCCUGUUUUAAUAAUCAGAAACCGACUUUCCCCUUAUUAGAGAUUACUGAACAGAAUGACUCUUAGUUUUAAGGAAGAGUUGCUUACAGCUUCAUCCGUUCCUACUCUCAUUCCCGUUUAUGAUGCUCCUACGAAUACUGAAUUCUUCGAUAUCCAGGCGCAGCGGCAACCAGCCGUUCUCCGUGGUAUUCCCAUUGGCGCAUGCGCGGAGAAGUGGACUGCAGCGUAUUUGGCGCAACAAGUUGGACGGGAUAAACCUGUGAGUGUGCACGAAUCAUCGAGUAAUCGUCUGCGAUUCCUAGACAAAAAUUUUGUUUAUCGCGUGAUGCCGUUUGGAGCCUUUAUCGACGCUGCUCUCACAUCCAGCGAGGGUGACGCACAAAAUAAAUUCUAUUACUACCGCGCACUGGCGGACGAUGCCAGGAACGUGCCCAGUGAUUUCCGUCGCGAUUUUCCUAAAUUAGCACUUGACUUUGUGCUCCCGGAUUUUCUGGAGCCUGAAACCGUGUUUUCCUGUGUUUUGCGAUGCGGUUCGGCCAAUUUGGGAUUGUGGUUGCAUUAUGAUGUGCUCGACAACGUGCUCAUACAGAUCCGCGGACGAAAACGCGCAGUGCUUUUUGAUCCCGAGGAUUUUGAUCAUUUGUACAUGCAAGGCGAUAAAUCACCCAUCUUCGACGCGGAGAACGUGGAUUUGGAGAGAUUUCCCAAGUUUCGAAAUGCGACCAAGUGGGUAUGCACCCUGGAAGAAGGCGAUAUGCUUUUUAUUCCUGCUUUCUGGAUGCACUACAUGGUCGCGGAGGAGUUCAGCAUCGCCGUUAACGUCUUUUGGCACAAUCUGCCAAAGGAAUUGUACGAUAGCAAAGACACGUAUGGGAACAAAGAAUUACUGCCAUACUUCCGUGCAUCUCAGGGUCUGGAUCGAGCGCUAAAACAGUUGGAAAAUUUACCCCGUGAAUAUAGAAGAUUCUAUGCCAGAAUGCUUAAAGCGAAGCUGGACAAAUACUUAACCGACUCCGCAUCGGAGAGUCCUAAAAGUUGAUAGUUGUGAUAUUGUGAUCGUUCCUUUCGAAACCCGCGUUUACGCUGUGGUGUUGCAAGUGCGCUCUUUAAUUUUUGGCAGCGCAUUUUUUACACUAAGUCUCGAAGACUUGAUGGAUGCAUGGAAUAAAUCAAUUCAGAAGAUUUUUAAUGUGGUUGCAAGCUGCUUCGGUUUAAUUUUUUUGAAAUCAGUGUGCGACUCAAUCCAGUCGUGCACGGUUCACGCGCCGCAGGGCAGAAAUGAGCCAUUCCGCUGUUUUUACCGGUUUACACAUAUAAAAUGGCCUUGAGCACCUGGUAGAUUUUACGAAUCGGAGCAAAAUUUUGCACCAAUUUAGUGCUGCGCUGCUCUGGUGAAGAACGGGUCAGUUUCGUGCAUCGUUUCGAUUAUCGCCCUAAUACCUCUUCUUUACGAUGUCCAACGAACUGAACGGUUCGCCCCGGUAUCCAAUUCCGGAAAAGCUCCCGAAGCCGUACGACAUCUCGUACCACGACCCAAAAUUUCUGUAA